AUGCCCCUCUGGCUGGUUGUUCCCGAUGGUCAAGUUUUCUGGUUGACAAUGGGCACCAACAGCGCUCUCAAAAGUAUCUCAGAACAGGGUAACGAGUUGGCCUCAAUGACCUACCAUGGAAACUCUGGUCUCUCCUCGCUACCAAGAGCAAUGAGAAUGGAUGGACAACGUUCUAUGAGUAUGAUAGCUUUGGGCGGCUGACCAAUGUUACGUUUCCCACGGGGCAAGUGAGCACCUUCCGCAGUGACACAGACAGCUCAGUCCACGUUCAAGUGGAGACAUCUAACAAAGAAGAUGUAACUAUAACAACCAACCUGUCUGCUUCUGGAGCCUUCUACACCCUUCUGCAAGAUCAAGUGCGCAAUAGCUAUUACAUUGGUGCUGAUGGAUCUCUCUCCGGCUUAUUUUGGCUAAUGGAAUGGAAGUUGCCCUUCAGACUGAGCCCCACUUGCUGGCGGGCACGGUGAACCCCACUGUUGGCAAACGUAAUGUCACCUUGCCAAUAGACAAUGGACUUAACUUGGUAGAAUGGCGCCAGAGGAAAGAACAAGCACGGGGACAGGUCACUGUUUUUGGACGUCGGCUGAGGGUGCACAACAGGAAUUUGCUUUCCCUGGAUUUUGACCGGGUUACAAGAACAGAAAAAAUUAACGAUGAUCACAGGAAGUUCACCCUGAGGAUCCUUUAUGAUCAGGCAGGAAGGCCAAGCCUCUGGUCUCCAUCGAAUGGGCUGAGUGGAGUAAAUGUGACCUACUCCCCUGGGGGACACGUGGCAGGGAUUCAGAGAGAGGAACCAUGUCUGAAAGGAUGGAGUAUGACCAGACUGGGAGAAUUACAUCUCGGACAUUCGCUGAUGGAAAAUCAUGGACUUAUACAUACUUGGAAAAGUCGAUGGUGCUACUUCUUCACAGCCAGAGACAGUACAUCUUUGAGUUUGAUAAAAACAACCGCCUUUCUUCCGUUACGAUGCCCAACGUGGCCAGACAAACCUUAGAG